AUGGAGAAGGAGAUGAAGACAAUACUGAAGAAGAAAAUACAGUACCAAACAUUGCUGCACAAUUGGUUCACAGCUCCCUUUGCCACUACCCAAGUACUCUUUACCUCAACCUGUACCAGAAUCACUUUUCCUAUAUCAAAGAUACCAAGAAGUAUGCCAAGUCCUACAGCUGCUUGCGAUGUGGAACAUUGUGGAAACAUGUUGGCAUGUUAAAUCAUCAUGAGUGAACCUGUGAAGCAAAAGUACAUUACCAGUUUCCAGGAGGUGCUUACAAGACUCAACCUCCCUUUCAGUUGCUAGAAGACGAAGGAUUGAUCAUUCGUGAUGAUCUCAAGAUCUUCCCCUCCAGAGCUACCUUGUAUGUUUACAGCCGAGACAGAACUUAACAAUACAGAAAAACUGACGUGGAAUUCUAAACAUAUACCCCUCAGUGUGAGUGUCUGCUCCAAUGUUCCAGACUAUGACCAACCCAAGCGCUUUGUGUCCGAUGGGGAUUCCAAACAGCUCGUCAAAGAGAUGCUGGACUAUCUAGUCAAAAUCAGUGAAGAAAGUUGUCGUCUCAUGAAGCAAGAGUUUAAUUUCCUUUUAGAAGCCAUUGACCAAAAGCUGCAAGACUUGCAGCAAAAAUCAGAAAGUUGUGAACCUUCUAGAGACAAGACAGUAGAGGACAGCAUCCAAGAGGAUAGCAAUGAUGAAGGAGAUCUCAUGGACACAGAAGACGAAGAAGAAGAAAUCGAGUCUGAAACCGAGGAAGAUCGUGUCUUUAUUGACCGUGACGUAGAAGAACAAGGUGCCUCGUUUUACAGGGCCAUAGAUCGAGAACAAGAGGAUCAGAGUGAGAAUGAUCACGAGUGUGCGUAUGACAAACCAGAGGACAACAGCCCAGAACCUAAGAAGAAAAAAGUGCACCCUUUAGAGAAAUUAGGAGAUCGUUUCCAAAAAUACCUACAAGAACUUCCUGUCCUGGGCUCCAAUUCUGGUAAAUAUGACUUGAAUGCCGUCCUACUCCAGAAUGAAGGCGUUAAUUUUACUAUCAAACAGAACCAUAAUUUCAUGUGCCUAAAGACUCCACAUCUCCGCUUUUUUGAUGUCACCAACUUUCUGGCUCCCGGUUUCAGCUACAAGUUUCUCAAAGCCUACGAGUGUCCUUAA